AUGGGUGGAUCUAAUAGAAAACCGAAACCACAAACGUAUCAGACCUUUUUUGAUUAUCUUCUCUCACCCAGCGGCAUUGUCGAAAUACCAAUCGUUACACUCGAACAAGCUGUAACACCAUUAAUUCCACUCUUACCAAAUAUUCGAACAUACGUUCGUUUAGCGAAGGUUAAAUGCGAUAAUCCAUCGGAUGGUCUAACUCCUAAUGAAUCAGCAUCGAUUAUGCUGUAUACAAUGGGAUGGCAACCGUACGAUCAAUGUCUUUACAUGGUUUUAAAUCGAACAAUACGCUCGAAGAAUUGUGCGAAACUGCAACCGUGGUUGUUAUAUUUAAAACUAUUUCUCACAGCUCUGACACGACUUCCGUCCAGCCAAAUGACAGUCUACCGUGAGAAUAAUUUCGAUCUGGGUCAACAAUACGAACUGAACGAGAAAUUCGUUUGGUGGGAUUUUGCGUUGUGUUCAGUGUCGAGUGAACAAAUGAGUUUGACCGAAGCGAAAACGAGAUUCUCAGUCAAUUGUCGAUCGAUUAAAAAUAUUCACAAACAUACGUAUUUUCCGUCGGAUUCAUCGGUUUUGAUCCUACCCGGAGCAAAAUUUGAAGUCGUCGAGCGAAUACAGCAGGCAGACGAUAUCAAUCUGAUUACUGUCCAAGAAAUCCAAUCAUCAUUUUUACUUAAAACUCAAACAUUCCACAAGAAGUCUCAAACACUUUUUCAAAAAUAUUGUGUACCUAAAUCCCGUUCCAAUCGAUUAUUCUCAAUGCGAAAGCCUUCAUCUGCGAGUGUUACCUUUCGACAAGUUACACUGAGAGAAUUAAUCAACGCAUUCGAUGAUGAUUGGAUCAAUUUAAGCGAACAGAACAUCAACGAUCGCGACAUGAAAUUUGUCGUUCAAAAAACCAUUGCGAACAGGCGUUACAGACGUGUUCGCUUAGCAAAUAAUCAUAUUACUGCUCAAGGGGCAUUGGCUCUAGGCAAAAGUUUACAUAACAAUAACAUCUUACAAUUCCUGGAUCUUCGAAACAAUUCAAUAGGAGAUCUAGGCAUGCAGAUUUUACUUCCACAAAUUAUACGCUCGAAUUUAAAAAUCUUGAAAUUAGAAUCCAAUGGAAUAACUUCUGAAGGUGCGCAAUAUUUAGCCGAGCUAGUACGGUGCAAUCGAACGUUAACUGAAUUAUAUCUAUCGCAAAAUUACCUCGGCGAUGUCGGUGUGGAAUUAUUAACAAAUGCUUUGAAUGAAGACAAACGUGCGUAUGCCGAUCACGACAAUAAAGAAGUUCUUUCGAAACCAUCGACUCUUCAACAUCUGUAUCUUGGCGACAAUGGCAUCACUGACAUCGGCAUUGGUUACUUAGCAAAUAUGCUAAAAUCAAAUCGAACUCUAACCUGGUUAUGGUUGUCGAAUAAUCAAAUAACGAAUUCAGGUCUUCAAAUACUAUCGAGUGUGCUUAUCAACGAUAACUUUACUCUUCAAUGGCUAUUUCUCAAUUCAAAUAAAGGAAUCGAUGAUGGUAGUUUAGAUACAUUUGCAUUAUUAUUCAAGUAUAACUUGAGUUUAAAAACCAUCUAUUUAUACGAUUGUAAUCUCUCGGAUGCUGUCAAACAAACGCUUCACCGACUGACGAGAUUCAAGAGAGAUUUUGAUUUAGAAGUUUAG